ACAAAAACAACAUAAGCACUUCUGGAAUCGACUAAACAAAGAGUUGAUACGAAAAAUCAUGUGAGAAUCAGCCCCUUGGUUGGCCACUAGCCUGGGCCGUCUGUGCUUCUACGAGGGACGCCUGUCAGAGAUUGAAUCGAAGUGUACAAUUUGUGUAAAGACCAAAGCAGGCCGACCAAAGUGGCGUUUAUCACUUGUAAUUCGCAAGGAUUUCUAGUCGAUCACGAAAAAUCCAUAUCAUUAAGCCUUUCACCCCUACCGUAUAAGUGCAAAUCUGAGUUGUUCGAACUAUGGAGGCCUUAUAUCACAACAACUACAACCAAACAAGAUGGCGGCCAACAGCCACCAAAGAAAAAGAGAAAAAAGGCCAGAGACCCAGCUACUAUGAAUGAGGGAGAGUUACAAAAUAUCGAGUACCACCGCAAGGUACAUUGUUCAAUUGCAACUGCAGCUAGAUCACUCAUUUCGCUAGGUCGUCAACUGGGUUACUUUGUGUCGCCGUCCCAUCAGCAAUCAGCAUGUCUUGGCACAGACAAUGAAAUACCAAAAGAACACGAUAAUGCUGUACUUGAUAAAGCAAUGCACCACCAUGAACAUGAAACAGCCUCCUUGGUAUCGUUGAAUGGAGAGAUAUACAUUUUGCCUUCCAUGUCCUCCUUCCUCAAUUCUGACGCCACAAAACUGCAACCUGUGAUAGAACAUGUAAGGUCAUCCAGACCCUUUGAUCUAAUUGUUAUUGAUCCGCCAUGGUACAACAAAUCAGCAAAAAGAAAAAGGAUGUACUCUUUCAUGUCAUUGUGGCAAAUCAAGGCCUUGCCUGUCCCUGAGCUUAUUGCUCCUGGAGGCUUGCUCGCUGUGUGGGUCACAAAUAAGGCCAAGUACAUCAGGUUUACAAGGAGUGAGCUGCUGCCUUCAUGGGGGGUGGAUGUCAUUGCUGAGUGGCACUGGAUCAAGGUAACAAAAACUGGAGAGUAUGUUGUUGGCAUGGAGUCAGCACACAAAAAACCAUACGAGACACUCAUCAUUGGCCGGUGCAACAAGCAGAUAAGCCACCAGGCAAGACAACAAGAGGGGGACUCUCUGCAUUUAGACUCAACAGCUAAACCCAUAGAGUAUGCAACAAGAAACUAUGGAGAAAGUUUACCAAUCUUACCUGGUGCUUCUAUUGAUGGUGGUGUAAAACAGGUCCCUGAACACCAAGUCAUUUGCAGCGUACCAUGCCUGAAGCACUCUAGAAAGCCACCACUUGGAGAUGUAUUCAAGGACUUUUUGCCCCGACAUCCACACUGUCUAGAGAUGUUUGCACGCAACUUAACCCCUGGUUGGACAAGCUGGGGAAAUCAGGUUCUUAAGUUUCAACACAUUGGACACUUUGAACAAUUGGAUAGAGAAACUCCUUCCUGCAGUGGCAACACAACUUCUACAAGGCCUAGCAUGGAGAAAGCUGAUAAGCCUGAAGUUGAGCCUUAGACAAAUGAAUUGUAGCUAGUGAUCCAAAAGGGUGAUUCCAUGCCCAAAUCAUUGACUUUUUUAAUUUCAAUUUAAUCAUAUUCAUUUCUACAUAGAUAGAUAGUUACCAUUUGUUUCAUAUUUAGUUGACCACUGUAAAAUAGGAUGAAAAUAAUUCUUCUCCUUCUUUAAUAUCACAAGUUGAUACUAAGGUGACAGUUCUGAUAAAUGGAUUGGUCCGCCCUAUGUUAUCACCGCCAUACCAAACAUUCGGCACAUACUUCAUAAGUUUGACUGAGAGUUCUGAUACUUGGAUAUCAAGUUCCUGAUAAGCCACAUUAGCAGGGCGAUUCCUUGAUCCAUUGUUCACAUAUUGGCCUAUAGCUAAAGGGUUGUGUAGUGAGGAGCCAAGCCAUGAUGAGUCGCACGGUGCAUAUGGCCCUAGUUCAUCUCUUUUGCCAAUUGAUCUAUAAUAAAAGGGUUGUUCUUUAGACAACUAUAAAUAUUAAAUGAGGACAAUUUGAGUAUUAAACUUUACCUGUAGAUGA